AAGUCCAAGGCACUGUUCCUCCAGGCAAGACAGACGGCAUCUUGAGUCUUGCAGAAGAACUACUGAAGAGUAGCACUACACUCCUAUCUAGCUAUCUCAGGAGUAUAAGGAGACCCACAUUCCAUGGAUGGAUUAAGAGGGGAAGCAUGGAGAAGGAACUGGGAAUGGAAUUAAACAUUUGGAAUGGAUUCUAGGGUCUAUCUAGCCUGGUUCUCUGCCAAUGCAGAAAUCCACCGCUACAGUAUUCCAGCGAGGAAACCAUUGACUUCAAAAUAUGUCUGAGAAACCCAAACUUACCUACUUUAAUGGCAGAGGACGAAUGGAAUCAAUACGGUGGUUGUUAGCUGCAGCUGGAGUUGAGUUUGAAGAAGAAUUUGUGGACACAAAAGAACAAUAUGAAAAACUAUGCAAAGAUGGAUCUUUGCUUUUUGACCAACUCCCAUUAGUGGAGAUGGAUGGAAUGAAGCUGGUCCAAACCAGGGCCAUUCUUAACUACAUAGCAGGAAAAUAUAACCUCCAUGGGAAGAACCUUAAAGACAGAGCUCGAAUUGACAUGUAUGUGGAAGGGACGAUGGACAUAUUCCAAAUGAUUUUGAUGUAUCCCUUUACCCCACCUGAGCAAAAGGAGAAGCAAGCUGUUAAAAUCAUCGGGAAAAUCACAGAAAGGUACUUCCCAGUCUAUGAAAAGGAUCUGAAAAAGCACGGGCAAGAUUUUCUUGUUGGAAAUAGCGUCAGUUAUGCAGAUGUACAGCUGCUCGAAGCAAUUUUCGCAACAGAAGAGAUAAAACCUGAUGUCCUUGAACAGUUUCCUCAGCUGCAGGGGUUCAAAGCAAGAAUAAGCAAUAUCCCUACCAUUAAGAAGUUCCUGCAGCCUGGAAGCCAAAAGAAGCCACCAGCAGAUGCUACUUAUGUUGCAACUGUGUUGAAAAUACUAAAGAUUGAAUAAGAGCUGCAUGCCGGCUGCUUGCCAGAAGGCCAAUAUUGCAUCACUAUGUGUAAUUAAGCAACAUGAUUAACUUUCAGGUUCAAAAUCAAUAAACAAAAAUGUUAUAUGUUGAAUACAUGUAAGUUUUUUGAAAGAAUAUUAAACUUCCUUAUUGCCGUGCUGAGUAUAAAUUUAAAAGUGUAUGUUUUCUGUUUUCUGGGGUGGGGUGGCGAUCUAUAUGAACAAGUGUCAUUGGACUCCAGUUUUCACCAGGCUCUGCCAACUUGGGAAAGGAUAAUGGAAACUGUCACUUAAUAGUUAACUGGCGGGCCAAGGUUCCCUGUACUGUUUUAAAUGGUUUAUAAUCCUCCCUGCUGCUAAAAGCAUGAGUCCUGAGAUAGUUUCUGCUGCUCUUAAAAGCCAAGAAGGGAAUAACUUCUCGAACUUAUCUUUAGAUUUUCCAUAUAAAUGUAUGCAUAGAAUAGAUGGAUUACUGAUCAAAUCACCAAUUUAACAGUCAUCAUACAUGAUAUCACCUGAUGCCAGUUAGGUGUUAUGCCCAGCAACAGAGGCACAUAGUGCAAUUAUUAAACAGAUAUAAAAUAAAAGCAAGGCAAUACUAGAACAUCAAAGAGAAGCUUCCACAUUUCAUCACAGUAUAUCUGAGAACACAGUCUGAGUAUUCAGAAAAAAAGAUGUUGCUGAGAUAUAUCUCAGGCAACACUAAUGGAUCAAAAAUCAAUCACAGAAAGGUAAUGGAACAAAUUUAGAAAAAUAUAUCUUCAACUAAUUUCUACAGACAACAGACCUGUCAGCAUCUGAAAUGCCUUUUCAAAAAGGCUUGUGCUAGCCUUUAGAGCUCAGGAGAUCACAAGAGGUUUGUGUAAAAUAUAAGGCAAUUUUAUGGACACAAUACAUUUUGUUAUAAGUAUAGGAUAGUGGUUCUCAACCUGUGGGCCACGAGAAUGAAAGUCUGAUCCGCAAACCUCCUUCCUCUUUAUUUAUUUAUUUUAUUUCCGCUCCUUUCUGCAGAGCUGACCGUUGCAUUGGAUAGAUCACAUCAACUCUAGAUUAUUAAAUAUGGUUUUCUGUGGGCAAGCAGAUGGCGACUACUGGAUGGCGUAUGUUCUGUAUGAGAAACUAGACCUGAUGUGGUCUAUUCAAUGCAAUUAUCUGAAUCAGCACCCCAAAUAACCAAACCGAAUCUAAAGCUCACAAAAAACUGAUUCGUAACCUUUUUGGUACUAAUGUUGGAGAGUGGUCCCUGAUCAAAAAAAGGUUGGGAACCCCUGGAAUAGGAUAAGACUCUCUCUUUAAAAAGGAACUGACUAAAACUAUUUGGGGCUUGCCUACUGGAACUAGCACCCUGUUUAAUAGUUUGGAUGGAAAGGAUUUUCUAUUUGAAGAACUGAAUCCAUGCUUGGAAUCUGCAGCAAUCCACUCUUCCCAUCUGACUCAUUUCCAGACAUACUACCCCAGUCUUAAUGCGUAGUGAAGGUUGUUGCUUAAAACAGACAGCUAACUCAGGCAACACAAGUGUCAUAGUCUGUCUCAGGCAAUAUAUUGCUGACCCAGACAAUCCUAAGGGCAGGAUAAUCAUGGUUCAGUGUCUUCACACAUGCUUUGUUUGGUCUUUUGUCUCUGCCAAGGUCAGGCAAUUUGUGGAACCUCUAUUAUCAAUCACUAUUGGCUCUCCAGAUAUUGUUGGAUUGCAAAAUUCAUCCUUCAUCCUUCAACACUUUAUUCUGUGCAAGGACUGAUGGGAUUUUCAUUCCAACAAUAUCCGAUGGGUCAGGAUUUACUUUCCCCUGGUAAUGUCUGUGUGAAAGCAACCCAUUCCCCUCUGUCCCUAAUAUCCUCCUCACCUCCACAAUUUGGAGAAGGGUGAUUAACCACAGAAAUAAACUAUGAAAACAAGAACAAGAAUCCAAGUCAAAUGGGGAGUCUGGCAAGUGUAAAAAAUGUGUGUGUGUGUAUGUGUGUGCCUACACACACACUACAUGGGAGAGUCACUCUCCAAUUUGAGGAGGACAAUAAAAAAGUGUGGGAGUCGGCAUCCCCAUCCUCACAUUCCAUCAUAUUUUGGGUUAAUGCUGCUGUGAAAUGCCAGGGUAAAGCCGACUUUGGAAAUGCUCUCUCUCUGGCCUACAAGUCCCACAAUCCCAUUAGCAGCCGAGGAGGGAGUUUAGGAUCCAAAAGGGAGUCGAACUGGCACGCCCCUAACUUGCACAGGGAGCUGUCUGUCUCCUCCUGGUGGGAAGAGCUCCCUUCUCCCGGAGGUUUUUAUAACUGAGUUGCAGACAUCUUAUCUCUCUCAAGUUAGCAGGAGAAGAACUUGCCGAUCUUUCGCUCCUUCCCGAAGCAGG